AAAACACCGGACUCCUCCUCCUCCAUGGCUUCGCGUCGUACGAAUUUGGAGCUCAAACUCAGCGUCGACCAACCCAACUCUUCAAAAUUCAAACCACCUUUCGAUUCUCUCAAUCACCAAUAACACUCUCUUUUCAUUGCAACAACAUUCAAGCUUAAAAAAAUACCUACAUUUAUUACAAAAGGAUGCUUGAUGGCAGAUAGUUGCUAUUAGGACUAAAGGUCCUUUGUCCAAUUCUCUUGUAAUUUAGAUUUGCCCUUUAUGUGCUACAGUGCCACACCUUUGUCAUGCGCCACUCUCUGUCCUGUAAUUUUGACUCAAAGGAUGUGUGGGAACUAGUGCAAUGGCAACAUCUAACAAGUUUGAUCCAUCUUCCAGUAGCCCAGAUAGACCAUUGUACCCUGGGCAACGUGGAUCCCACAUAGCUGCUUCAUUAGAUAGAUCAGGUAGCUUUCGGGAAAGCAUGGAAAAUCCAAGUCUGUCUUCUCUUCCUAGCAUGUUGAGAAACAGUUCUUCAGCAACGCAUGGGGAUGUGGAAAGCUUCUUCAAUUAUGUGCAUUUUGAUCCAAAGUUGUUAGCACUAGAGCAUAAGUCUAAUCGUCAAAUGGAUUAUAAGCGGCACACUAAUGCUGCUCUUGGAAUUUCACCUGACGAAUCUCCAUCUAGUUCUUCUAAAGGCAAGCUACUGCCAUCGCCCAUACCAGAAGACAUCAAACGACUUAAGGAAAUUUUGCAUGCAAACAAUGUGAAAGCAAGGGAACGUGUGAAAAUGUUUAGUGAGGCCCUAUCUGUAUUUCAUGAAGUUUUCCCAGCUAUAACUUCUAAAAAGAGAUCUCGAGCUGAAGGUUUUUCUAAUGACCGUUCUAAUGCCAUGCUAAGUGAUCGGCCGGUCUUGGGUCCAAGCAUAGGUAAGGUUGGAGUUCAAAGUCAUCCUGUCACAAGUGCUUUUGAACUUGAGCAGCAAAAGUCAGAAGAACGAGCCAAAAAUCUUGUUCCAAAUAAGCGCACUCGAACUUCCAUGGUAGAUGUAAGGAUGGAUGUGCGGACCAAUUCUCUUGUUAGGCCAUCAGGGACAGUUGACAGAGAUAAGGAAAAACUACGGAUUGCCAACAAUGGUGUAGUUCCGAGUGAAGAACGAACCUUACCUAUUGGAGGUGAUGGUUGGGAAAAGUCAAAAAUGAAGAAGAAGCGUUCCUGCAUCAAAAUAGAUGGUUCUCCAAAUACAACAUUGACUAAACCUGUUAGCACCUUCCAGGAAACUAAGCAGGGAAUACAACAAAGAAUUGUUACUGAUUCGCGGUCAAAGUUGGGAAAUGAUUCUCAUUCUUUCAGGUCAGGAGUUGCUAAUGGAACAGUUGGAGCUGGCAAAUCAGAUGGUAUCUCUCAGCAGACUGGGUUGGGCAUGCGUGCCUCUACCCCUAGAAAUGACCAAGAUAAUAAUUCCCUUGUCAAUGAUAGGCGGGGUCGUCCUGUUAGUUCGGACAAGGAAAGGGUGAACUUCAGAGCUGUUAACAAGGCAACUGUUCGUGAUGAAUUUAACACUGCUAGCCCUACCUCAAGUACAAAAAUGAACACUGCUAUUCGGGCCCCACGAUCAGGUUCUGGCGUUGCCCCCAAGUUGUCACCAGUUGUCCAUAGAGCAGCUGUUCCUAAUGAUUGGGAGCUAUCUCACUGUGCCUCAAAGCCACCUGCUGGUGUUGGUAGUAACAAUCGUAAACGUGUGGCAUCAGCACGGUCAUCUUCCCCACCUGUUGUCCACUGGCAGAGACCUCAAAAGAGCUCUCGCACUGCCAGAAGAACUAAUUUCAUGCCUCCUGUUCCAAAUAAUGAUGAAACUCCUGGUUUGGAUACUGCCUCUGAUGUGACUGGUAAUGAUCUUGGGUUAGGAUUUGCCAGACGUCUGGCUGGCAGUUCUCCUCAGCAAAUUAAAUUAAAAAGCGAGCCUUCAUCCUCUGCUGCCUUAUCUGAAAGUGAAGAGUCAGGGGUGGCUGAGGUUAAACCCAAAGAAAAGGGUAGGAAACCAGAAGAUAUAGAUCUGAAAGCUGGACAAAAUGUUCAAAAGGUGUCUAACUUAGUAUUGCCAACAAGAAAGAAUAAACUUGUUUCUGGGGAAGAACAUGGAGAUGGUGUUCGGAGGCAAGGGAGGACAGGACGCAGUCAUACUGCCACAAGAUCCCUGAUGCCAAUGACUUCUGAGAAACUUGGGAAUAUAGGAACUGCAAAACAACUUAGAAGCGCAAGACUAGGAUCUGAUAAGAAUGAAAGCAAGGCAGGUCGUCCACCAACUAGGAAACUUUCUGAUCGCAAGGCCUAUGCCCGUCAAAAGCCUGCUAUUAAUACAGCAGCAGAUUUUUUUGUUGGGUCAGAAGAUGGACAUGAAGAACUGUUGGCUGCUGUAAAGGGUGUUAUCAACUCUGCUCAUGCCUUUUCCAGCCCCUUCUGGAGGCAGAUGGAGCCUUUCUUCUGUUUGAUAUCUGAGGAGGUUAUUACUUACUGGAAGGAAAGGGUAAAUCUUGAAUCAAGCUCAUUGACACCAACACCAGUUCCUUCAGAUAUAGAUGGUUGUGAAACCUAUGUUAAUGGAUAUGGGUUGAUAGGCCAUGAAAGAGAUGUUGGAUCUGAUGCUCAAUGGAAUGCUAGAAUUAUUACAGAACCGUUACAACUUUCCAAGGGAGAUCAUACUGUGAUUCCUCUCUGUCAAAGGCUUAUAACUGCUUUAAUCUCAGAGGAGUAUUGUAGUGGUGUUAGUGACGACUUCAAGUUUGAUGCAUAUGAUACUGAAUUUGAGCCAGAUGGAGAAUUAGAAUUGAGUGGUUUGGAUCACCGCCCAGGAACAAAUUGUCAGUUUGCUUGUCAUUCUGCUUAUAAUGGUUAUAGCAUUAUUGGGAAGCCAGAAUGUGAUGAAACUGAAAAUGAUGUAGUUGGUAUUCCUCCAACUGGGCUGAAAUCAAGCUUUGGUAACUCUGUAAAUGGUUUUCUUCAUGAUAAAGCAUCAAUGUCUAGCUCAUGUUCAGAGUUGCAAUAUGAUAACUUGGAUAUAAAUGAUAAGCUUCUCUUGGAGCUUCAAAGCAUUGGAAUUGCCCCUGAACCAGUGCCUGAAAUGGUGCAAGCAGAUGAUGAAGCAAUAUUGGAGGAUAUUACUAGGCUAGAGGAGCUUUACCAAAGACAGAUUUCCAAGAAGAAAAGCUUGCUAGAUGGAUUGUUGAAAUCUGCCUCGGUGGAAAAAGAACUUCAAGAGAAGGAUUUUGAGCAACAUGCUCUAGAUAAACUUGUUAUCAUGGCUUAUGAGAAAUACAUGGCUUGUUGGGGUCCUACUCCCUCUGGUGGGAAAAAUUCAAGCAACAAAAUGGCCAAGCAAGCUGCAUUGGGAUUUGUUAAACGGACAUUGGAGCGAUGCCAUCAAUUUGAAGAUACUGGCAAGAGCUGCUUCAGCGAGCCAUUAUUCAAGGAUAUGUUCCUUGCUGCUUCCCAGCUUAGUUUUGCUCGGCAGUUAGAUGGAAUGGAGGCUGAAUCCUCAAAACCAUGUGCUUCUUCCCUCUCUCUGGAAGCAAGAACAGCUUCCAUGGGUUCACAGCAGAGCCCAUCACAAUUUAGUCAAAGUAUGGGUAAUCAUGAUCUGAACUCUUCAGAUAUGCUUGCCGCUUUAAAUCAUUCAUCUGAACAAACUAGUGGGAAGGAAGAUCUCUGGUCAAGCAGAGUGAAGAAGAGGGAAUUGUCCCUUGAUGAUGUUGGUGGUGGUAUGCCAGGUAUUUCUAGUGCUUCAGGCAUUGGAAGCUCUCUAACAAGCAGUGCAAAAGGAAAGAGGAGCGAGAGGGACAGAGACGGAAAAGGGCACAGCAGGGAGGUACUAUCCAGAAAUGGAACUGCCAAAGUGGGUCGGCCAGCGUCAUCCAGUGCUAAGGGAGAAAGAAAAUCCAAGACAAAGCCUAAGCAGAGAGCAAAUCAGCAUUCCGUUUCUGUGAAUGGCCUUCUUGGCAAGCUUUCAGAGCAACCAAAACCAGCAUUACCUUCUGUUUCAAAGUCCAAUGAAAUGCCCACAAAUGGCAAUGCAAAGGAAAAGGAUGAGUUUGGCUUGGGUGAUUUGGAUGACCAUGAGCCUAUUGAUUUGUCCAACCUGCAGCUACCUGGAAUGGAUGUACUAGGUGAUGACCUUGCUGACCAAGGUCAGGAUCUUGGGUCAUGGUUGAAUAUUGAUGACGAUGGAUUACAAGAUCAUGAUGACUUUAUGGGCCUUGAAAUUCCCAUGGAUGAUCUUGCAGACUUGAAUAUGAUGGUUUGAAGCUGCUUUCUUUGUAUAGUCCUGUUCAGUAUACCAGUAACAAAGCAAAGUACUUUUAAGAAAUGACUAGUUACAUAGGAUGGUCUUAUGACUAAUCCCGUCCACAGUUAGGCUAUAUAGAUUCUUUGGUAGGCUAUUCUCUCCCCAAGUUGUUUUUGAGUGACCUUUCCAGCUGUUUCAGAUUUUGCUCGUGUUAAAAGUUAAUGACUUCCACUGUAAAGAUCUUUUUGUUCAAGGUACAAGUUAGCUAUCCUAGUAAUUAUAUCUUAGCAAACACUGUCCUGGUUGUAGCUCUUAAAAAUCAGAGAACAAGACCUCUUGUACAUACAUUUAAUAUUUCUAAUAAAAUCAGCUUUUCAUUUGCUGAAAUGACACUGGCUGGCCACUCCGUUGGUCUCUCUUCUUUUCCCUCCUGCUUGGGUUUUCUUUUGGCAUUUUGCGUUUUGCAGAUACAUGCCUAAAAUGAGAUGGAGUGCAAGUAGUUUGCUGCAGUAGCUUCAUCCAGGUAUUAUGCACACUAUUGUAUGAGAUUUCCAAGGAAUAACUACACUGCUGUGAAUGUGAUCAACUGAUUGUUGUCUGCGUUGGAUCAGUUCAGAUAAUCCUGUUGCUGUCCUGCUUAUGCAACUUUUUGGGUAUAUUAUGAGAUUUUGGGGAUCUAUCAUUGCUCAGUCUUUUUUUCUUUUAAAUUUCAAUUUACGUUUUGCAAGUGAAUCCAGGUUAGACAUUUUACCUGAUAUUGUAAUAACCUAAGCAUAGAAAGUUAUGCCAAGGAAUUGGGAAAUUUUUAUGUUCAUUCUAGUUGAUUGACUUUAGAGAUUCCUUAGCUGGAUGAAUUACUACCAUUGAAGAUUGAAGGUUCAUUUUCUCGUUGAAUAACUUGAAAUAUUCUUGACAGGGUUCACCUUUGUAAGAAAUUAUGCAAGGGAAUUUUCUUCCCUGACGAAAAUGAGGUGAUGCUUGGAGGUAAGCUUUGAAUUCUUGCUGGCCUUCCGGAUUUCCAUCUUUUUACUUAAAAGAUUGAUAUUGUAGUAAAAUUCCGUUGGGACAUCAAAGGCGCAAAUGAUUUGGAUACUAUCCAUGGAUCGAUAGCAUGUGACUCGUAUGGAUUGUCUUCCUCUUUAAGCCUUACUUCCUCUAUGUAAUUAACAUAUUUUAUGUUGCUGGAGCCAACGAUUUCCUUUAUAUUGGGACUUGAUGGGAAUUUUCAAUUCAUUUGGUUUGAAUGCGCGGUUUAACACUAUAAUAAAGUCAACAAUUCAGGUUUUUCUUUUUUUUCCAAUUAGCUACCUGCUUCCGAAUUAAAAUAAUGUGCCAAAAAAAUCGAAUAAUGAUGGGAUUUAUUUUAAUAGUGAUGUGAGUUGAAGUUCCUUUAUCUGUCCCUUUAAAAGAACUUUUUUUGGGGUGCCUGUUGAGUAUGGGUUAUGUUCUGUUUAUUAGUCUACGGGUUGGUAUCUGUUUAUUAUAUUAUUCAAAUCAAAUAAUUGACAACCUAUAUACUUAGGCAUGACAAACACGAAAAAUCCAAAAUCUCAUUUUUUGAAAUAUACUUGGCACAUUAAUGUCUGGCAUACAACAGUGAUUAAACAUUAAAAAUUUUAGUUAUCAGGGAAAUAGUAUCAUUAUUGCCAAAUGUCUUUAAAAAAGAUAUUUAACAGUUUUUCAAUCAGAUGCACUAUCGAUAGUGGAAAACACCUCGCAAUAUUGCUUCAAACGAGUAUUUAUCGAAGAGAGAUUAUUUCGGGUGAUAUAUAAAUU